GCCUCCUCCGACGUCAUGGCCUGCAAGCUGAUCGUCCUCGCCGCCCUCGUGGCCGUGGCCCGCGCCGGCUACCUGGGCGCCCCCGCCGUCGUCGCCCCCGGCCCUGCCAUCGCCGCCGGCGCCUACGCCGCCCCCGUGGCCUACGCCGCCCCCGCCCUUCGUGCCGCUCCCCUGGCCGUUGCCGCCCCCGCUGUGAGAGCCGUCGCGGCGCCCGCCGCCGUGGCCGCCGAGUACGACCCCAACCCCCAGUACAGCUACGGUUACAGCGUGUCUGACGCCAUCACCGGAGACUCCAAGGCCCAGCAGGAGAGCCGCAGUGGAGACGUCGUCCAGGGCAGCUACAGCGUUGCCGAGCCUGACGGCUCCAUCCGCGUCGUCGACUACACCGCCGACCCCGUCAACGGCUUCAACGCCGUCGUGCACAAGGAGGCUGGUGUGCACGCCGCCCCCGCCAUCGCCGCUGCCCCCGCCAUCGCUGCCGCCCCCAUCGCUAGGGCUGCGUACGCUGCCCCCGCCCUGGCCUACGGCAAAGCUCGCAGCCGGCGAGGCUGGUAUAAAUGCCGUGACCGGGAGCUGGGUCGACACUCCACGCUGAAGACUCACUCCGCGAACAUGGCCUGCAAGCUGAUCGUCCUCGCCGCCCUCGUGGCCGUGGCCCGCGCCGGCUACCUGGGCGCCCCCGCCGUCGUCGCCCCCGGCCCAGCCAUCGCUGCCCGCGCCUACGCCGCCCCCGUGGCCUACGCCGCCCCCGCUGUGAGGGCCGUUGCCGCCGCCCCCGCUGCCGUUGCCGCCGAGUACGACCCGUACCCGCAGUACAGCUACGGAUACAGCGUGUCUGACGCCAUCACCGGCGACUCCAAGAGCCAGCAGGAGUCCCGCGACGGUGACGUCGUCCAGGGCAGCUACAGCGUGGCCGAGCCCGACGGCUCCAUCCGCGUUGUCGACUACACGGCUGACCCCGUCAACGGCUUCAACGCCGUCGUGCACAAGGAGGCCGGCGUGCACGCCGCCCCCGCCAUCGCUGCCGCCCCUGCGCUGGCCUACGGAAAGGCCUACCUGCAUUAAAAAUCUCUCCAGUCAACAUGUAUUCAUAUAAAUACUAUGUACAAAGCCAUAUUUAUCAGUGUACCUGGAAUGUGUAAUAUAAAAACAGU